GCAGCGAGACCGCCAUAGCCACAACCCUCAAGAUAAAGAUACGAUACUCGUACCCCAAAAUCACCCCUCGCCCUCGCCUCGCUCAACCGUCGCCCCCAACUCAUCGUCCUCGUCGCAUACACGAACACGAUUGCAAGAUAUCCUGCGCCACUUGCAGCUCUUUCAAGUGACGUGACGAGUAAACGCCAACCCUACACAUCACCGUACACCGUUCUUGCCGGACCGCUUCAUCACAUACCAUGGCUGAGGCAACAGCGCCCAAGCCGAGCAGCAGCGUGAAGCUCGUUCUGCUUGGUGAAGCAGCAGUAGGAAAGGUACCAGACAUUUAUAUCUAUCCACUUCUGUCUCUCCAGGGGAAGGACGAGGACGAGAAGGACAAGGGCUCUGCUGCGUGAACGCCGACUGACCUUGAUAUAGUCGUCUCUAGUUCUCCGAUUUGUGAACAACGACUUUCAGGAAAAUAAAGAACCUACCAUCGGAGGUAUGGAGGCAACACCCGCGUCAUCCGAUCAUGAGCAUGCAUACUAAUGUCUCCCACAGCUGCCUUUCUCACACAAAAAUGUAAUCUGCCAACCCGGACAAUCAAAUUCGAGAUUUGGGAUACCGCGGGACAGGAACGUUUUGCAUCACUUGCUCCCAUGUACUAUCGAAAUGCCCAGUCGGCCCUCGUCGUCUACGAUCUUACCAAACCUACGUCCCUCGUCAAGGCAAAACACUGGGUGGCAGAGUUGCAGCGACAGGCGUCGCCAGGAAUAGUUAUUGCUCUCGUAGGUAACAAACUUGAUUUGACCAACGAGACAACUUCGAGUAAUCCCUUGGGUGAUGAUACUGAUACGGAUGCCGCGGAGGGAGAGGACGAUGGAGAUGCACGAAAAGUCUCCACGGCCGAGGCAAAAUCAUAUGCCGAGGAGGAGGGUUUACUAUUCUUCGAGACCAGUGCGAAGACUGGAAUCAACGUGACGGAGGUUUUCACCGCAAUCGCAAAUGCGAUCCCAGAGACGUCACUGAAAGGUGCUAGAGGUCCUGGUGCUGCACAGACAGCCAGCAGAACAGAAGACCAGUCAAGAGUUAAUCUUACUGGUCCACGAGACAACGCUUCCAAGGAAGGUUGUGCGUGCUAAGUUGUUCUCUUUAGGCAUCUCUGAAAUUAUAUUGCUUUUCCUGGUCUUCCAGUCUUGGGUGUUUUUUUUCUUUCCGGCGAUGGGAUACGCAGACAGUGGGUUCUCAUACAGUCUUAUGAUGUUGAUGUUUAUACAAUAGCAAGAGCUUUAGGAAGACUAUUCUACGCACUGACAACCAACAAAGUCCUUCUCGUGACGUUUCUCAACAACUUGUCCAGCGGUGGCCUAUCGAUGUAAGUGGCUCGUGAGUGGUUGAAACUCCGGGACCUGGGGGCCCGUCGCAAACGGCUUCAAGUGGCCGAGAAAAAGAAGCAUGUGUUUGUUCGAACCCAAACCCUCUUUGGUGCGUUUCAUGGCGUUACAGCCUCCACUGUGUGCAUUAUAAGCGAUCCAAGCUUUUUCCAAGCAGAUCUCUGCAGAUCUGGCAAUAUAGACACCAAUCAAAUACCAGUUUCGAUUCCAAACUUUCGCUGAUUGGUCUCCCGAGUACUUCUGUUACAGAUCGAGCUGCGCUUCUUGCGACCUCUUGACGCGGAUUUCAAACAAUCGGUGCUGAGACUUGUACUCGAGUACGUCAAUGUCCUUCCUUUCCGUGAUGACAAAUCGGAUAUACCCUCGCGUUCUUGGACGACGUUUGAUCCGUCAAUAUAUAAGCUUAAUGUUCUGUUGAAAACCCCCUCCCAUACCCAAGUUUCUUUCCUGGCUAUUGCUAAAUUCACCUUCCUACAUUCUUUCACAUCAGCUGGUCUGCCUUUUGUACAUACAUAAAAGUACUUUAUUUCAUUAGUCUUCAUCAUGCGUUCCUCCACCGCAGCUUUGAUUCUGGCCUUCUGCGCCGCGACCACUGUCCAAGCCGUACCUCUCAACCGUCUCCGCACCUUCGCUCAAUUCAACUCCAACAGCUUCGGACUUGAGGCUCGAAACGAAGUUACCAGCUCCGUCAAGGAUGCAAAUGGAAACCCCAUCAUCAUCGAGGAUCGAUCACUGGGCACAAACGAAGUCACUAGCUCCGUAAAGGACGCAAAUGGAAACCCCAUCAUCAUUGAGGAUCGAUCCGUUCAGGAGGCUUCCACGAUCGAGGAUGAGGAGGAUGAGUACAAGAAGAGAGCCGUCAACGACGAGGAGGAUGAGGAGUACAAGAAGAGAGCUGUCAACGACGAGGAGGAUGAGGAGUACAAGAAGAGAGCCGUCAACGACGAGGAGGAUGAGGAGUACAAGAAGAGAGCCGUCAGCGACGAGGAGGAUGAGGAGUACAAGAAGAGAGCCGUCAACGACGAGGAGGAUGAGGAGUACAAGAAGAGAGAGGUCAACGAUGAGGAGGAUGAGGACUGAGCUCCCAAGGAGGACGACAACUCCAUGACUGAUCCUAAUGAGGAAUGAACUGUCUCUCUCAAGGAGCUUUGGGUUGUCUGGAUGAGCAGGUCUUUUGCCUCGGCCUUUCUUUUGUAUAUAUGUUGUGUGUAGUGGGAAGCUUGUAAUGGACCUUCUUUUCUUUUUGGUGUAGUUUGAAAUGGAUGAUAAUUAUGUUUUUGGCUGUGUUCAGUGUUUUGUUCUCGUGUGAAAGUCACUUGGGUUGGGGGUUGUGUUGAUGCUGCUUGGCCUCGCUCUAUCUCACGUCAGGCGUAACCUGUGGUGGGUCGUGA